AAACAAACAGGCACACACACUCUCUCUCUCUCUCUCACGAACGUGCACAACUCAGCAGACAGGAAAGUCGAAAUUCAGUCGUUUGUAUGACUCUCGCUUGGUAAACGUUCAUCAAACAGUAUCAAACUGCCAGUCGCCGGAUGAAGACGUAUGGACGCGUUGAUUCCGCUCGCAUUUCGAAUAAAAAUUUAAACGUGAAAUAUAAAUAAGAAAAUUGAAAAUAAACAAAUACCACGACCCAUACGCAUCUGUGAAACCAGCAAAUAAUUACGGAAAAUACAUUCGCAGCGUGCAAUUUGAUAGUUCGAAUGAAAAAAAAAUUGAGUGAUUUAUUUGGAAAUUAAAUGAAGAAGUGUGUGCACAAAAAGGCUUAGUGAUGAGAACGUAUUGAGAAUAACGAAAUAAUAAUUGCCAGUGUUAUUGCCAACGAAUUAAGACCAACAACUAAAUACCUACCAGCUGAUAAACUCAAAACUUGGAUUACUUUGUUUACAUUGGGACAUCGCGAAGAGGAUACAACGCUUACCGAGCCGCCAUUUCCAAAACCAGCCACGCAGCCGACAGCCGAAAAAAUGUGCAAAAUAUGACAAGACUCUAAAGAGUGUAAUUUCCGAGUCGUUUCUUUUAGUUUUCAAUUCCAUUUAUUGUUUUCUUGUGUUGCAACACGCAUUUGAUUUCGCCCGCCCAACACCUAAUCGCUUUGGUUUUUUCAAAUGUGGAAAAUGUUUGACGAUAUCAUAGAAUGCAGCGAGUGUGGUGGUGCUCUCGGCCCACCGCCAAAAUUCAUGGUACCACCACCGCCCAGACCACCAUCCAUGGCCGUCUACGAAGCCUCGGCCAAUUGCAACGAAGAGGAGAUGGCGCUACGGGCUCAACAAGCCUGGGAUAACGAUAUGUGCGAAGCCAUACCGAUCCUCGAUGCCAGUCUCUACAGUAGCCAGUCCCUGCAGACAUCAGCAAUGAUUGCCGUAUUCUCCCUGCUCUUAGUUCUGGUCGUAUUGAUUUCAUCACUAUUUGUAUGGAAAAACAAACGAAAGGUUCAAAAUCUUCUGCCUUGCAAAACACCCAACCGUGGACCCCACAUCACUGGCGCUCUUACCGCCCUGACAGCGGGACACUCCGUAACCUACGAGGAUCCCGAUGCUCACUUAGGCCACCAUAGGCCGCUGGUAAUGCGACACCAUCAUAACAUUGAGAUGUUGCACACCAAGAGCAUUCACUAUCCAAGCGGAUAUCCCAUGACUAGAUCACCACCUUUCUUGGUAACAAACUCUCCCGGCCCGGAUCCUUACCGCUCAAACGAUAAUGUCUAUGAGGAACUGGGUCCCAACCGAGACUCGGAUGGGGAAAGUGAACCUCCCCUUCAUUCCGAUGACGAUUUUGCUGAGGACGAACUCUCGCUGCCAGGAGAGCGAUCCUUCAACAAACCAAAUAAUGCCGAGGCAUCGAAUGCAGCAACGACAACACAGGUUGAUAGGCCCAACAACACUGAAGCCCACAUCCUGCCGACAACAUCGAAUGCAUCAACGAGUAUGCCUGAGCGUAACAGUGUUUUGUCAUCGGAUUCAUCGCACCAGGAUGCCUCAACGGCAACCGCGGCAUCGUCAAGUUCGUCGCAUAACAAUAACAAUACGAACCUUAAUUCAGUGGUCGCCAGAAGUAGUGGAGCUUCCACCUUAGUACCGGGAAUGGUGAGGCAAAUAACGGGCCGCCGAUCAUCAGCGGGUGGAGCCAGAUCUCGAAGUGAUCGGAGAAGUACAACAACCGAAGACUUGAACACGUCCGCAUCCACAGCAGACGUGGCAGACCUAACGCCCUUGCAGCAUAUGUAUGACAAUAGCAGCAAUCUGAUGGCUUUAGGAUAUCCACACCAGUUGCAUCCCCAAGCGCAAAGCUAUCAUCAUAGCCUGCAUCACAUGCAUGCGCAUCCGAACAACAAUAGGAAUAUGGCUGCGCAUGUCCCGCCCCACUUCUACAACACAAUCGAAAGCGAAGUGGACCGACGUAACCGCAUCAAUGCUCAACUGAAGAAUCACUCCGGUCCAGCCGUUGCUACAAUCUUCCGCGAGCGCAUACAAUACCCCGGUAGUGCCAGAUACCCGCAGCAUUAUUAUACAUCCAAUGCACCUAAUGGAUUUUUGGCCAGUUCAAUGAGAACCAGAACAAAUCCACGCUCAGUGGACAGAAGGAGAGGGCGCAUGGUUGCACCGCCAGACAGCCUUGAGCCAGCAUAUGGCUAUACGGAGCCCGUCUAUCAUCAAAACUACCACUAUGAGUCCUGCAGCGCAGCCAACAACCGCAUUCCACAUCCCAUUGCGUCGUACCCUGCCUACAUCAUGCCCGAAUACAGUUCGGGAAGCAUGUCCUCCGGCUACAGACACCACCACCCUGCCUCGCAAACAUACCAAAACUCAACACCGCUCUAUGCUCACGGCGACUCAAGUUUUGGUUCCGAUUCAGGUUAUAGUCAUCACACGCCAGCCUCGUCCAUUGGUCGCCAUGACUACGACAUUGCCAUGCCCAUUCCACCAGCGCCGCCCGCACCUACACAGAAGCCGCCCAGCAGAUUGGCGAACGCCCUCAGUUUUUCGUGGCACAAACGAAAAACGAGCAACAACAACAACAACGGCCAGAGUGCGACUAUGAUGAACAUCCUACCCUCGUCAACGCAAACUACAGCGCCCUCCACCGAAGCGUCUAGUCCGAACAACAACAGCGCCGCCUCCACCAUCACCUCUCAUCUAGAGAACACAUCCUCGUCAUCAAGCGGCGCAACGCAGACACAAAACAACAACGAUCUGCUGCAGGCGUGAGAUCAGACACAGCCCUCCGCACCAAAACAACUCGUAUAUGUGGCAACCACACUCUUACUCAGUAGACUCUAAUCCAAAUACAUAGUCAAAUUUAGAAGAUAAGCCAGCUAUCCUCCUCUCAGAAGAAUCCUACGUAUCAUUUAAUCUAGUUUGUAUGCAACGCCCCUAAGUGUAAAUAGCAAUCGGAGAGCUAUUCUCCAUCGACUAAACCACUUGUAAAUAUCGAAUCGAGCUUUCGACUCAAUUAGAUGUAAAGCCAAAAACCCAAUCCUCGCCACCAGGCACCAACAAAAGCCGUAAAGCAACAGCUAAACUCUCAACGAUGAAGCAAUAACACCUUAGUCCAAAUAACUCCAAACAGAUAAACAAAUAAUUCUAUUUUAUCAUUGUUAUUGUUUUAGACCUAAGCUUCGAAAGUCCCCAUCCCGGCCACGAACAUGGGCCGUACUGGCCUUCAACUAUAGCUUCGUGGGGGGAAGGUGGACGCCUCUCCGACCAACCGAUUGUGAUUGUUAAUGUACUAUACUAAAUACUAAAUAAAUCUAGGUUUACUUUUGUUUGUUUCCUAUCGCUAGGCAUAUGCCCCGGUGCCAGGGCGGAGACUCCGUCGCCGGGCAGUGCUGUUAUCUAGUUAGUCAUAUUUUUGUGAACAUUACCAUUCUUUAUUAUUAUAUUAAUAAUAAUUUUUGUAUUUGUACUUAUUGAACCUUAUCCUGUAAAUGUAAGCUCUAGCUGAUAGACGAACACUCCUAAGUUGUUAUUUUAGUUUAUAAGGACAAUCGAACUGAAUUGAAAACAAAAAACAACACAAAACAAAAAGAGUAUUUAUUGCGAGACGAAGAAGAAGUGAAAGCAAAUGACAAAAUAUUACAAAAGGGAAAUAAAAGCCAAAAUGAUUUUGAACUCAUUUUAAAUGAAAAAAAUUAAA